GCUCUUCUUUUUCUUCCCGCUGCAGCCCAAAAAAAAGAACCAAGCAAGCCGACGUACCAGCCUUUGAGAAACCGGUGAGGAAGCUUGGUUUUGGCCUUCUUUUCUUGUUCAAGAACAAGAUUGGAGCCUUGAAACCUUCCCCCCCUGCUGGAAAUUCCGGAUCUGCUCUGCUUCUUCCUUCCUCACCGCCGGCUGCUCUUGAUUGUGGGUGAUUUCUGGGCAUUUUUCCGCCCGUGAGUUUCCCUGCAGAGUGCCGCCGGCCUUCCCCCAACUGCAGUCCGGUUUUUGGUUGCUAAAUUCUGGUAUGGACAGCCCCUUUAAGCCUAAAAUUAUUCAUUAGCUGCUGAGUUGUCUAUGAAUUAUUGCUCUCCAUGUGCUGCCCGUGAGAAAUGGGGAUGAAUUUGACAGUAUUUAGACCAUGAUUUAGCUUAAUUCAUGUAGAAAAUUAGUUAAUUAGUUGCUGUGAUUUUUGGAGAGAAAAUCCUGUGAAAUUAGCUAGUGGUUUGGGCAAUUUUUGGAAGUUUGAGUUACUGUUCACGUAGUGGGUAUUUUGAUUAGGUUCCUGAUCGUUCUAUUAGUUUAAUACUGAGAUCAAGUCUUCGGUUUUAUGCGAGUGAGAUAAGUAAAUUUAUAGUAAUGCUCGUAUAGUUUUUAAAAGCAUGUUUUGAUUUGUUUUUGAAAUGGUGGUGGGACUAAACCGGUUUUAUGCAAAAGUAAGUAUGACUGAUUUAAAGCGAAAUUAUUAUUCUUUUUAUUGAAUUGAGUAUGCUUACUUGAAAUUUAAUUGAUUGUCCUGAUGAUUUGAAAUUGGUGAAUUAUGAUUUUUCUGUUAACUUUUGCCUGUUUUGUCUCCGAUGUGGUCAUGUUAUUAGUGACCCUGCUAGUGGGAGUUAAACGUUAGCACAUGUCGACAUGUUAGUGAUAGAACCGGUUCGUACGAGUGACCUUGCUAGUGGGGAUUAUACACUAGUAAAUCGUGUGCCUGCCAGUGGGAGAUUUAUAACACUGGUCGUGACCUAUAGAGGAGACGUCUAUUUCAUUCCCGUACUGUAUCUGUUUUUCGUGAUUAUAUUUGUUGGCAUGCUAUGAGUUUAAUUAAGGGCACUCCAUAUUUUACUUACUGAGUUUAUCUCAUAGUUUUCCUUAUUCACCAUUUCAGGAAGUGAAAUCAAGGACGAGGAAACCACGGGAAGUGACGAGUUAGAAGGCUAGCCAUUUCAAGAUUAAUAUAGAUUUUAGAUAUAA